CUUCUGCGUGUUGCUGUGAGUGGAUGCUCAGCUCCUGUUUUUGGCAAUGUGUUCCCGCCGAAGGCGUGUUCUGCAAAGGUGCUGUGCUUGCGAAUGUUUAGAACCCACCAGGUGCUUGGGUCUCAGGCAGUUCCAAAGCCAGAUCUGCAUUAGUACAGAAAAGACUUAAAAUAGAAAGAACACUCUUAAAUCAUGUCAGCAGCAUACUUGAGUCAGCACAGUUUUAGACUGGUUUUAUAGGGCUUACACAGAAGGUCUUUGUGUUUAUUAUGAAUACCUUGGAUCCACAUAGUUUUUGUUUUUAGAGGGUUUGAGCUCCUGGUAAUACUUUCCUUGCUUGAAGGAAAUAUUUAAAUAAAUGCUUUUCUCUGUUCAAAUCCUGAGUUCCCGAUUAGUUUUGGUAGUGCAGCUCUUUGCAUGCAUGUGAGAGAAAAUACAAGACCUCACAAAGACAGCAUCUGCUAGCAUAAGUAUAUAUAGACAUUAUUAUCCCAUCUUGAAAAAAAUCUCUUAACUUUGUUUAAGAAACACUUACAUUGUAUCACUUCGAAAAACUAUUGGUGUGUAUCUUCACCAGUAGGGUUUGUUAGUGUAUUUGCACAAAUUGCAUUUCAGCAGAUAAUGGAAAAGUUCUGGUAUUUUCAGGGAAGAAAAAACCAAACCCCAAACUGGGAAAGGGGGUACCCUUAUUUCCAGUUUCUAAUAUGAGCCUGGUACACGCAGAUCAGAACUGACAUUUUUUUUCCUCUAUUCUAUACUGUAUAUAACCUGACACUUGGAAGGAAGACUGAAGAAUGCCUAAUACAGGUUUAAUGCAAUUUUUGGCCAUUGUUACUGCAUGGGUCACGUGUCCCUUGGAAUUUAGAGACCCUGCUUCUGUGCAGAUGUAGGAUCUUAGUCUGCAAAAGAUUAAUGUGAAGAGUUGGACUGAUUGUACAGGUGACAUUUGGUUCUUCCAAAUGUAGACAGUACCUAACUGGAUUAGGUACUAGAGAGUAUAAAGAAAGUAGUGCUGUUGGAAACAGAGACACAAAAGUAGCAUGUUGUAGUUCAGAGAAGCCUGUGUUGUGUAGAAUUUUUGGCAGUAUUAACAAUAAAUAGUGCAUUUUGUGGUCCUUUCAACUUUGUGACUGAAGAUUUUGGGACUUCCGAAGAAAUGUCAUGAGGGGAAGUUUCUUUGCUCUCAGGGCUCCUGAUAAAUCUGUAUUGCAGUUGCAUGCCGAAACCAGAAUUUCUUUGAUAGAUCUGAGAUGCUCUCAAUAUUUUUUCCAUGUUAAAUGUCUGAAUGAAAGAGAUAUCUGUCAGUCUUCAUAUGGCAGAUUGUCCCUUGGUUGGGAACAGAAACUGGAACAUAGGAAACUAGGUUCAAAGUUCUUUCUCAAAUACCCCAGAACAGGAGAAAGGGAAGGAAUUCCGUAUAAACAACUGACUGUGGGUGUCCCCAAGGAGAUAUUUGAGAAUGAGAAGAGAGUGGCUCUGUCACCAGCUGGAGUUCAAGCCUUGGUUAAGCAAGGCUUCAAUGUUGUGGUGGAAUCUGGUGCUGGAGAAGCUUCUAAAUUUUCUGAUGACCAUUACAGAGAAGUUGGAGCAAAGAUCCAGGGGACCAAGGAAGUUCUGGCUUCUGAUUUGAUUGUGAAAGUGAGAGCUCCUAUAUAUAACUCAUCUCUAGGUGUACAUGAGGCAGAUCUUUUCAAGACAGCAGCAACCCUGAUUAGUUUUAUCUACCCAGCACAAAAUCCAGACCUCCUGAAAAAACUUGCAGAAAAAAAAGCUACUGUCUUGGCUAUGGAUCAGGUUCCACGGGUCACCAUUGCUCAGGGAUAUGAUGCACUCAGCUCCAUGGCCAACAUUGCUGGUUACAAGGCUGUGGUCCUGGCAGCAAAUCACUUCGGUCGAUUUUUCACGGGUCAAAUCACAGCUGCUGGUAAAGUUCCUCCAGCAAAGGUGCUGAUCAUUGGAGGAGGGGUUGCUGGCCUGGCUUCUGCAGGAGCAGCAAAAUCAAUGGGUGCAGUGGUUCGUGGGUUUGAUACUAGAGCUGCAGCCCUGGAGCAAUUCAAGUCUCUUGGUGCUGAGCCUUUGGAAGUAGACAUAAAGGAAUCUGGAGAGGGACAAGGUGGUUAUGCUAAAGAAAUGUCCAAAGAAUUUAUUGAAGCUGAAAUGAAACUCUUUGCCAAACAGUGCCAAGAUGUUGAUAUUAUCAUCACUACAGCACUUAUUCCAGGCAAAAAAGCUCCAAUCUUGUUUAAGAAAGAUAUGAUCGAAUCAAUGAAGGAAGGUUCAGUUGUUGUGGAUUUAGCUGCAGAAGCAGGAGGAAAUAUUGAGACUACAAAGCCUGGAGAAAUGUAUGUUCAUAAGGGUGUUACACACAUUGGGUACACAGAUCUGCCUAGCAGAAUGGCUACUCAGGCCAGUACCCUGUAUUCUAAUAAUAUUAUCAAACUUCUAAAAGCUAUUAGUCCUGAUAAAGAGAACUUCUACUUUGAUCCAAAAGAUGACUUUGACUAUGGGACUCUGGAUCAUGUUAUUAGAGGAACUGUAGUAAUGAAGGAUGGCAAAGUGAUUUUCCCAGCACCUCCACCAAAUAACAUUCCUCAGGGAGCGCCAGUGAAGCAGAAGACUGUAGCAGAGUUGGAAGCAGAAAAAGCAGCUACUAUUACCCCUUUUAGAAAAACCAUGACUACUGCAUCUAUAUACACAGCAGGUUUAGCUGGUAUGUUAGGACUGGGCAUUGUAGCACCUAAUGCUGCUUUCACACAAAUGGUGACGACGUUUGGCCUCUCUGGGAUAGUGGGGUAUCACACAGUCUGGGGUGUGACUCCUGCUCUGCACUCCCCACUCAUGUCUGUGACUAAUGCUAUCUCAGGUCUGACUGCAGUUGGUGGGCUGGUACUGAUGGGAGGACACUAUCUCCCUCAAAACAUUUCCCAAAGCCUAGCAGUGCUUUCAGCCUUUAUAUCUUCAGUCAAUAUUGCAGGUGGCUUUUUAGUUACACAGAGAAUGCUGGAUAUGUUCAAACGUCCCACAGACCCUCCUGAGUACAACUACUUGUACCUGCUCCCUGGUGGUGUAUUUGUAGGAGGCUAUGCAGCUGCUCUCAGUGGUGGCUAUAACAUUGAACAAGUAAUGUAUCUAGGCUCAGGACUGUGCUGUGUUGGUGCCCUGGCUGGUUUGUCUACCCAAGGAACAGCUCGUCUUGGAAAUGCUUUGGGUAUGAUUGGUGUUGCAGGAGGUUUAGCUGCAACUCUUGGAAGCCUUAAUCCCUCGCCUGAAUUGUUGGCACAGAUGUCAGGUGCAAUGGCACUUGGUGGGACCAUAGGUUUGACAAUUGCUAAACGCAUCCAGAUUACAGAUCUGCCUCAGCUAGUGGCUGCUUUCCACAGUUUGGUCGGUUUGGCUGCUGUACUCACCUGUGUAGCAGAGUACAUGAUUGAAUAUCCUCACUUCGCCACUGAUCCUGCUGCAAACCUCACCAAGAUUGUGGCAUAUCUUGGCACAUACAUUGGUGGAGUGACAUUCAGUGGCUCUCUUGUUGCAUAUGGAAAACUGCAAGGUAUCCUGAAUUCUGCACCUCUGCUCUUGCCUGGUCGACAUGCAUUGAAUGCAGGAUUGCUGGCUGCCAGCAUUGGUGGGAUGAUACCCUACAUGAUUGAUCCUUCUUACACCACGGGAAUUACUUGCCUGGGUUCUGUGUCAGCACUCUCAGCCAUAAUGGGUGUCACUUUAACAGCAGCUAUUGGAGGUGCUGACAUGCCUGUGGUUAUUACUGUCCUGAACAGUUACUCUGGAUGGGCUUUGUGUGCUGAGGGCUUUCUCCUGAACAACAACUUGCUGACCAUUGUUGGUGCACUCAUAGGCUCCUCUGGGGCCAUCCUCUCUUACAUCAUGUGUGUGGCUAUGAACCGUUCCCUUGCAAAUGUGAUUCUUGGGGGCUAUGGCACUGCAUCAACAGCUGGUGGGAAACCCAUGGAAAUUACUGGAACUCACACAGAAAUCAAUGUGGACAAUGCAGUUGAAAUGAUAAAAGAAGCCAAUAGUAUUAUUAUUACUCCAGGUUAUGGUUUGUGUGCAGCAAAAGCUCAGUACCCAAUAGCUGAUCUGGUGAAGAUGUUGAGAGAACAAGGGAAAAAUGUCAGGUUUGGUAUUCAUCCUGUGGCUGGCCGUAUGCCUGGUCAGCUGAACGUACUGCUAGCAGAGGCUGGUGUUCCCUAUGAUAUUGUGCUGGAAAUGGAUGAAAUCAAUGAAGACUUCCCAGAAACUGACUUGGUCCUUGUAAUUGGUGCAAAUGAUACAGUUAAUUCAGCAGCUCAGGAAGAUCCAAACUCUGUCAUAGCUGGAAUGCCAGUUCUUGAGGUCUGGAAGUCGAAACAGGUCAUUGUAAUGAAGAGAUCUCUGGGAGUUGGUUAUGCAGCGGUGGACAAUCCCAUCUUCUACAAGCCCAAUACUGCCAUGUUGUUGGGAGAUGCUAAAAAGACCUGUGAUGCCCUGCAGGCCAAAGUCAGGGAAUCGUACCAAAGCUAAAUACUGAUUUAUAUUCUGCUCAUAUUUCCGACUACAGUUUUGUCACAGAGGUCACAGAAAAUGAGAGGUGGAAGAAUCUCUCAAUGUCCUAAGGCAGCUGGCUUUUGGAGAAGGCUGCAUUGACUCCUAGGAGAUGUAGUUCAGUCAGGGGAUAUAGACUUUUCUAAAAAGAUGGGCAGAUUAGCCCUUCAGACUAAAUCUCCAAUGAGACAAUGCAUAAAAGAAUGAAAAUGUUCUUUUUAAGGUCAACAUUGUGCUGUUACAAGAAGGAACUAAUAACUCACGCCCAUCUUUAAGUAGUUACUGACUUCCUCCUCCUUACUGUCUGUAUUUCUGUCAUGGAAAUUCACUAAAAAAUACUGUGCCAAAACUGUAUUCAGUCUUAUCAUCAAAGCUGUUUUUUGGCUGGUAUGGACAAUGCAACUGUUGAUUUCAUCAAAACUUAAAAAUAAAUUUCAAACAGAUGCAAGCAGAAGCAAAUUCUUGCAUGUCCCUUCAAACUCAGGACAUUCUCUGAAAUAGAUGUGUACAUGAUGUGAGAUCUAAGCAUAAUGUUCUUUUUCUUUUGGGGAUUGUAUGGAUGCUGUGAAUCAGGAACAUUUUAGGAAAGUCACUUUUCUUUAAAAUACGGUUCCACUUUUUAUGGUGCACACAUAUGUUAAAUGAAACACAGGAUAUCAGGCACUUGCCAAGUAAUCUUCAAGUCUGACAAGGAAAUGUACAUUUACUUGCACUGCUUACCUAUUUUAAGCAGCUUCUAAAUUCUCCAUCAUUUCCAGUCAUUGCUUUUUAAGUGUUUGAGAAAAAGUAUGGUCCAGUUCUGCACAGGCAGAAUGUCUUGCAUAACUGAUCUGUCCACAGAAUUUGGACCCCAGUGUUUCAGUUUAUUCACUUAGUUUUUAAUUGUACUUACUGCUUUAGUAGUAGUGAUGCUUAGUGAUGCUUUCUUGUGAUGCUGAAAAAAACACAUUUGAACUCACUGUCUAUUCUGUUCUUGUGAGAUCCCACCUGGAUUGCUGUCUUCAGCUCUGGGGCCACCAACACAAGAAAGAUGUUGACCUGUUGGAACAAAUCCAGAGGAGGCCGCUAAGCUGAUCACAGGCCCCGAGCACCUCUGCUGUGAACACAGGCAGAGAGAGCUGGGAGUGCUCAGCGGGGAGCAGAGAAGGCAUCGGUGACACCUUGUAGCACCUUCCAGUACCUAAAAGGGGCCCCAAAGAGGGCGGGAGAAGGACUUUUCACAUGGGCAUGUAGUGACAGGACAGAGGGGAAUGGCUUCAGACUGACAGAGGGCAGGUUUAGACUAGAUGUUAAGAAAUUCUUUGCUGUGAGUGUGGUGAGGUGCUGGAACAGGUUCCCAGAGAAGCUGUGGAUGCCCCCUCCCUGGAAUUGCUCAUGACCAAGGCUGUAUGGGGCUCUGAGCAACCUUGUCUAGUGGAAGGUUCCCGGCCCAUGGGAUUCCAAUUGCACCUGGAUGGUCUUUAAGGUCCCUUACAACCCAAGCCAUUCUAUGCUUCUAUAUUUGAGAUGCUGACGUUCAUUAGAAUUUUUCUAAAUAAAUAAGCUAUUGUUGGGACAGCAAAGACACAUACUAAACUUAAAAGCCAGUGUUUUGAUUGUUUGACUUUUCACUAAUCUCAUUAAAAGCACUGUUUAAUUUCCAUAAUAAGUCCAACAAAUUUAAAUUAUGACAUAGAGUGCUGUUUUGGUUUUUUUUAUUUUAGUAAGUAUCCUCAACUGAAAUUCAAAUAUUUGCCUAAUAACAUGGAUUUGUCAUAUUUCCAUAAUGAUAUAGCAGCUGUCCAUUGUGAAAAGGCAAAAUAGAAAUCACUGUCCUCAUGUUAGAUAAGACAAACUAUUUUGAAGAAAAUCUUGAAAUUAAUGCAUCUUGGUUAAGAAAACAAACAUUAUUAUACCAUGCAUAGAGACCUCAUAUAAAAUACAGCAUUUCUUCUUGGCUACCUCUGUUUUUAUGUGAAGAUCACUUAAAACACAGAUUUUGAACAGGUAACACAUUAAAAAUGUAACAAUAUACAGCAGAUCUAUCAUUUUUGCAGAUCUCUUUUCUAUGAUUUGACAUAAAAUUUUUCAUGCAAGCACUAAUAUGUUGUAUACUGCAGGAGAAGGCUUGUAAUUGAAUCUUAAUUUAAAACAUUGUGACAGCUAUAUUUGAAUGUAGCAUGUAUGGCCUCUCAAUUUCAUUGCAUUCAACUUUUCCUUCAGGUCUAUAAAAAAUAGGAGGGAAAUUGGAGAAGAGGGAAGACAAAAAAUUAAUUCUCCAUCUCCCUCCCAGUUAAGCAAAAGAAAAAAGGGGGAUAUGAAGGGAUCUAAUAUGCUAAAGCAUUAAUUUUUGUCUUGUCAGACUUGAAGUAUCCAGCUGCAGUAUGCAUCAUGUGCAUUCAUAGAUAGCUAAUAAAAGAUCUAACUUUUCUUUAAAAAAUAGCAAAUGGGGGAGGGGGAACAUAUUUUCAUUUGUACUUGGGAGAAAAACCCCAUUCUGUUACUUUGGAUCAGUAGUAUCACGGUUCUCUUUAACAUGUGCUUUACCGUGGAAUGCUAGAUAAUUGCUGAAGUGCUAAUAAAAAGUCAGUUAUUUUUCUCUGUUGA